GGGAUUACAAUCUUUUCCUCUUGUCCACAAAUAAUGGUUAAAUCGGUUGUAGCAAGAAAAGCUACCGAAGUUGCCCGAAAGCGAGAGCUUCUGAACUUUGAAGCAACUAAUGUCGUACUUGAUGAAGGGCUAAGAAGCUUAAGAAAAGUAAGUAAAUUAACAACAGUAGCUGAGUUUGCUGUUACUCAUCAAUACAAAUUUCAGGAGCAACCGAGAAAGAUUAUAAAGAAAAAGCCUGUCAAGAAAUCUCUCAAAACGGUCCUCAGUGGUAUUAAAAAAGAGAAUUCAAGAAGCACAUUUAUUGACAAAUCGAAGCAACUGACAAAAUUUGUAUUAAAGAAACAUAUUGAAGAAUAUAUAUUUGACUCUGAAGUUAUCAAGACCUUCACCGAGGGCGACUACCUUGCAAAGUUCUGGUCACCAAUAAUUGAAAAGCUUUUUAGAAACAGCGGCAUUAUUCCCCACUGGUAUGCUGACACCUAGAUAGCGCAAAUUUGGAUAUUUUGCUCAUGUGUUUUGUCUUUUUGUUGGAGAUACUCAACCUACAACUCUCAUCUCAGAAGGAAUUCAAAUAAAAAUGGAUCUGGUUUUGGGAGAUCAUUUUGAUCAAGAUGCACCCGUUUGUAUUUCAAAAGUCGUUUGGGUUAAAGAUGAUGACAUUGAAGAUACGGAGGAUGAUGAUACUGAUGAUAGCGAAACGGAUGUUACUGAAGAAUUUGAAAACAGUGAUGAAGUUGAUGAUACCGAAACAAAUGAUAUUCAAGAUUCUCAAACCGAAGAUGUUUAAACCUGUUAGUUGGAAGAUGCUUCUUAUACCACUACUCUUAUCAUCCAGUUAUUAUGUUCUAUUUUACAUAGUAUGAUCAUCGUAUUAUAAACUACAAACAUACGCAUUUACAUAUAACUCCUUUUACUUGCCAGAUAUCAUUAAAGUAUAACCAAUAAAACUGCUCU